GCUGCUCACUCCAGAGUGCGUCGAUGAGGAGAGAGGAGAUCAGAGCGUGCAUUACCGGGCAUGCGGAGCAAGAAUGACAAACGGGUCUGGAGGCUCCUCGCUGUACCCCAGACAAAGAUCCCCAGACUUACCGACAAACCGUACCAAUUCCUUUGAAUGUCGACAAUAUCGAUCAUCCUAAAUCUGUACAAGACAACUGGAUUUCUUCUCUUUUCUGGUGUGUGAAUAAUCAGGAGAGAUGAGAGUUCACUUCUCCACCAGUUGGAUAUUUCAAGGUUGGAUCAUCCAUCUGGUUCUCACUCUGUGCGCACAGAGAGCCCUGUCCAGACCCACCUGUUCCCAGCAGCAGUACCUCAAAGACAAGAGAUGCUGCAGCAGGUGUGAACCAGGGUCCUAUGUGUUUGCAGAGUGUGCUGGCUCCUAUGACACCAAGUGUCGUCCGUGUGGUAGUGAUGAGUACCAGCCUGACUGGACCAACGAGACCAAGUGUCUGCCUCAGAAGUUCUGUGACACAGGUAAGGGUUUUAACCGUGUGAGGCCCAGUAACCCCCAGGCUGCGGUACCCUGUCAGUGUAAACCUGGUCUACAGUGUUCUCCUAUCAACUGUGAGUUCUGUGAGAAGAUUCCUACCUGUGGACCAGGAUAUGGACUGGAGUCAGACGCUGAGUCGGGCAGGAGAACUUGUGUUGCAUGCAAGAGAGGACAUUUCUCUCCCAACAGCUCUAUGGAACCAUGCAAGCUGUGGACCAAUUGUAAAGGCCUGGGGAAGAGUGACAAACAGACUGGGAGCGACCAGACUGAUGCUGUCUGUGGACCCCCUCUCUCUGGUGCCUCUACCUCCUGGGUCCUACUGUGUGUUCUGUCAGUCAUCACUGUCCUCUGUCUCCUCAUCCUCCUGCUCUUCUGCUAUAAGGACAAACUUCGACUACUCUCAGUGAAUUUACGAUCAUGUGUCCAGAAUCUGAAAAGGACCAGGAUACAGCAGGAGACUCUGGCCCCUCUCUACCACAGUGGGGGUGUAGGAGUGGGGCUAGAGGGUCAGAACUGCACCCUCUGUGAGACAACCUGUCUUAUUGGCCUGGCUCACACCCCCUCAGAAACCCCACACACCUGUCCUACAGCUACACCUUGUGACCGGGUCAAACUGCCACCCUCUAAAGAGAUGGAGGAGGAGAGGAAGGAGAAAGAUGAUAGAAGGGAGGAGGAGGAUGAGGGGGUGGGAAGUGAGGGGUCGGGGGAGGCAGAGGAGGUUUCUGAAGAUGGUGUGUGUGAGGAGGGUGUAUCAGAGGGUGUGUGUGUGUCUCCACUGUGGGCUGGCUCCUGUGUGUGUGUGUUGUCUGUCAGGGAACCAUUAGAGGUAGGGGAUAAUGAAGACUGUAGCCAGGCUGUCAACCCUGGAACCCUCGGGACUUGCUCCUGUGGAGGAGAGGGGGAGAGCAGGGAUGGAGAGAAGGAUGAAAGGAAAGAUGGAGGGAGGGAGAGGGCCAAGGUGGUUGAGGGACUGCAGGGUAAGAGGUCUGAGAGGAGCAGCACUACCUCCUCCCCCUUCUCCCUCUCUCCCACCUCCUUCCCCCGCUCCACCACCUCCUCCCCUCUCUCCCCCGCUGACCAUUCAUGUGACCUCUACCCUCCGCUGACCCAAGCCAGGUCAGAGGUUAAAGGUCAGCUAAUUGACAGCUCACCAGGGAAAGGGGAGGGGCUAUACAGACUGAACUGCAGCAUAAGCUCCACACCCAUCACAGAAGCCACGCCACCUUUGACCUCCUCAAUCUCUCCUGACCCAUCUGUGACCUCUGUAACUGUGGGCGACCGGCAGUCCGAGCUGACCUCUGAGGCCUCCAGCAGUGAGCGAGACCGGGGACUUUCUUGGAGGGAAAGUGGGGGAAACAAGCUCUCGUAUGGGGGCUCGGAGCUGGAGUGUGCCCCUGAGAGCCUCCUGAGUCAACUCACAGAACCAGCACUCACCUCAGGUCAGGUGACGGGGAACAACAACACCACCUUCAUCUCUAGCGGUCAGGUGAUGAACUUCAGCGCUGAUGUCAUCGUCGUCUACGUCAGCCAGACGUCGCUAGGCAAUGAGGGGGAGGGGCCAGACGAUGCGUUCGGAAGCCCCAUCCAGGAACAGGCCAAUGAGAGAGCUCCGCUGUUCCAGAGUUCCACCUCCUCCAAAAGUGUCAGCCAUUCGCCAGUGCCAUCCUCAGUAAACUCCAUUACCCAUAACCCCCUACGGCUGGAGGACAACCUGCCGGUUCAGGAAGUGACUGAUGAGUGGCCCAGGGAGAAUUGAAACGUGAAAAUGUUGGAUAGUGUACCAUAAAACCAUGAGAGGAGCAAGUCCAGUCCAAAACCUACUGCUAUGACCUACUCCAAACAAUAGUCCAUGGUCUUCCUGGGUUGGCGUUAAGUAUUGGAACUGGGCCAUAGACUUGGAACCUGGAGGACUGUGAUCCUCAUCUGGACCUUGUGGUUGUUUCUCAAUAGUCUCAUGUAGGGCUGUGGUGGUCAUGACAUUUUGUCAGCUGGUGAUUGUCAAGCAAACAACUGCCGGUCUC